UUGAGAACGCUUUUCAGUUCGCGUUGUUUCAUGUGUCGAGUUGACCUUACGGUAAUCUCGACGUUGCAGAGGAAUUCGCGAAGAAUACCAGUAUCAUCGAAAUUAUUAACUUGAUCACGCAUUCUGUCAACGUUAUUCGACUUCUUUGGCGAAGUCUCGUGUCAAAACAUAUACGAGACAACCUUUGAAACGUUGUCGACUGAACUGUCACAAAAAACACGACCGGACAUCCAAGUCUUGAAGCAUUUUUCUAACAGUAUUCUAGAGUAUUGCCUGUGUUCUUGGCGUCUUAGUUACUACUUAGAAGCAUGGCAAAAUGGGGCGAAGGUGAUCCACGUUGGAUCGUAGAAGAAAGGCCUGAUGCAACUAAUGUCAAUAAUUGGCAUUGGACAGAAAAAAAUGCCUGUGCAUGGUCACAAGAAAAGUUAAAGGAACUUUUUGUAAAUUCCGAAAUUAAAGGAGAUGGAGUUUUGUGUAAAAUAACUGAAAUGGAAAAAUGUGAAGGCGAAGCAGUAGCAAAUAAUAGGAAAGGAAAACUUAUUUUCUUCUAUGAAUGGAAUAUUGUGCUUAAAUGGACAUCAAAAGAGAAUUCAAGUGAGCAAAUUGAGGGUAAAAUUAAUAUCCCUAAUCUUUCUGAGGAAAAUGACAUCAGCGAAGUAGAUAUUGAAAUUACAUUAAAAGAGAGUACAGAUGAAGGGGAAAAAGUAAAACAAUUUUUGCAUACAAAAGGGAAGGAUGCAAUAAGAGAAAAAUUGAAAAAAUAUAUAUCUUCUUUAAAAGAAGAAUUUACGAAAGGAAUGAUACUUCCCAAAAAAGAUAAUAUAAAGGAAAAUAUCUCAAAUAUAACAUCUGGUUUUAAUGUUAAGAUGCAGAUGAAUACUGCGAUAACACCAGCAAACAAUCAUGAAACAGUAGGAUGUAAAAUCUCAACCACUACAAUUAAGCAAAAUGUUAAGUUUCAGUGUAGGGCGGAAGAGUUUUACAAUGUCCUCUCAUCAGUUGAGAUGGUACAAGCCUUUACGAGAAACCCGGUUAAAUUAGAGGCAAAGAAACAUGGUCAAUUUGAGUUGUUUGGUGGUAAUAUUCAUGGAGAAUUUGUGGAAAUUACACCGACCAAGAUCAUCCAAAAAUGGCGCUGUAAACAAUGGCCAUCCGGACAUUUUAGCAACGUAACAAUCGAUAUCUGCGAGAAGAACGAUCAUACCGAGGUCAUUUUGACGCAAACUGGUGUUCCACUUAGCGAGGAGAUCUCUACGAAGGAAAAUUGGGAUAGGUAUUAUUGGGACGCCAUAAAACGUACCUUCGGCUUCGGAUAUUUUAUGUGAUCAAAAUUCAUUUUAAAGGAUAUUUAUUUAUUGCUAAGUAGAACAAUGUGCGCAAUCAGACACAAUUGCGCGAAUGCUUACUUUCUGUGGCAGCAUUGACGAAUUUACGCAGUGGGAAAGAAGUGUGUCCCGAUAUGCACAGUUUUACUCUGUUCUCUCUUCGUAUAUUUGGUACCGCCUCAUGUAAGUUUCGAAAUUAAUAUCGUUGCGCGACGUAUCGUGCGACAUUACAAGUGACUUCUCUACUUAUUAAAUAUAUCUAUAUUAUUAGAUGUUAUGUCUAAUAAAUGAGAUCUUGAGAUAGUGGAUGAUAA